AUGACGGCCAAGACUGAGACCCAGCUCCAAAGAGGAGGCCCCUUGGAGAAGGUCGAGCCCGACUCCUCCUCCACCAAGGGCCCUCUUUCAGGAGACAACACCGACACUGAGCGAGGCAAAGAUAUCGUCGUAGUCGAGCCCGUCCGUACCGUCACCGGAAUCAAAUGGUACCUAAUCGUCUUCGCCAUCCUCUCCUCAACAUUCCUCUUCGCCCUAGACAACACCGUCGUCGCCGACGUGCAGCCGCAGAUCGUGCUGCAGUUCGACUCCAUCAAGGAUAUCGCAUGGCUCGCCGUCGCUUUCAUCAUGGCGGCCACGGCCGUCAACCUCUUUUAUGGCCAGCUAUAUUCACAUCUCAAGCCCAAAUGGCUUUACAUCGCUAGUGUCGCCGUGUUCGAGGCGGGCAGCGCGCUCUGCGGUGCGGCGCCGAACAUGAACAGCCUUAUUGUCGGAAGAGCCUUGUGCGGUCUCGGUGGUGUUGGUAUGUAUCUCGGUGUCAUGGUCCUCAUCGCCGCUACGACGACGAUUCAGGAGAGGCCUGCAUAUCUUGCCAGCAUCGGGAUUACGUGGGGGCUCGGGACGCUGCUUGGGCCAGUGGUAGGAGGUGCUUUUGCUGACUCGGAUGCGACGUGGCGCUGGGCUUUCUAUAUCAACCUCCCCAUCGGCGGCCUGGCCGCGCCGGUGUACCUGUUCAUGCUCCCGUCCCCAGAUCCUCAGCCUGGCGCGACCAUCCUACAGCGGCUGGCUGAAAUCGACUGGAUCGGUGCUCCGCUGAUGCUGGGUGCCAUCGUCUGCUUCACAAUGGGCAUCUCCUUCGGUGGCGUCCUAUAUGAAUGGAACUCGGGCUCCGAAAUCGCCCUCUUCGUCGUCGCAGGCGUCCUGUUUAUCGUCUUCGGCAUCCAGCAAGCGUACUGCAUCGGCACAACCCAGGAACGCCGCAUCUUUCCAGUCGAGCUCAUCACCUCUCGCAAGUACUACCGGACCAUCAUCCUCAUGUUCUGCGUCACGGCCGCCGGGGGCUGCGCCAUCUUCGUGCCGGUGUACUUUGUUCCCAUCUUCUUCCAGUUCACGCGGGGAGACAGCGCAAUCGACGCGGCUGUCCGUCUACUGCCGUUCAUCCUGGUGAUGGUCGCUGUGACUUUGACGCAAGGAGGCAUGCUGUCGCAUCCAUCUGGGAAGUUCGGGCUGUACAUGCCAUGGUUCACAGUCGGCGGUGUCAUUAGUGUCAUUGCUUCCACAUUGAUGUACGUCGUCAAGACCGACACCAGCACGGCCUGGAUCUACGGGGCCUCGGCCAUGCUCGGCGCCGGCGUGGGAACUUUCACACAAGCGGGCUUCUCGAUUGCCCAGGCCAGCGUGCCAGCUCCCAAGGCUGCUGUCGCUUCCUCUCUGAUUGCCCUGGCGCAGACGAGUGGCAUCAAUAUCGCUCUGGCUGUCAGCAAUGCCGUGUUCCUGAACAGAGCUGAGAAGCGGCUGACUGCGAUACUCCCGGACACUGUCACGGAGGACCAGAUCCAGGCUGCGAUUGCCGGUGUCGGGACGGACUUUGUCACGACGCUGCCUCCUCAGAUGCAGCAGGAAGUUCUUGAGGCUAUUGUUGAGGCUCUGAAUCUGCCGUACACAUUGGUCAUUACUGCUGGGGCACUUGUCUUGGUCUGCAGUGUGCUGAUGAAGAGGGAACGACUGUUCAUGACGGCUGCUGUCGGUGUUUGA